AUGCUGUCGGCAGGGCGGAAGAGUUCGGGUCGCCUCUGGUUGCUCCUGGGGUUGUGCAGCGUCGCGCUUUGGUUGCCUGCGGAGGGAUGCCCUAGUAAAUGUACCUGCUCCGGAUCCAAUGUGGAUUGCCACGGACUGGGACUCAAAACAGUGCCACGAGGCAUCCCCAGGAAUGCAGAGAGACUUGACUUAGACCGAAACAACAUUACAAGGAUUACAAAGGUGGACUUUGCUGGGCUUAAGAAUCUUCGUGUUCUGCAUUUGGAAGAGAAUCUAAUUAGUGUGAUAGAACGUGGAGCGUUUCAAGAUCUAAAACAACUAGAACGGCUGCGCCUGAACAGAAAUAAACUGCAAGUUCUUCCAGAGCUCCUUUUUCAGAACACACUGAAGCUAACCAGACUGGAUUUAAGUGAAAACCAGAUUCAAGGCAUCCCAAGGAAGGCUUUUCGAGGAAUUACUGACGUGAAGAAUUUGCAACUGGACAACAAUCAGAUUAGCUGCAUUGAAGAUGGAGCCUUCCGCGCUCUGCGUGACUUGGAGAUACUUACCCUCAAUAACAACAACAUCACACGCAUCCCUCUCACCAGCUUCAAUCAUAUGCCAAAGAUCAGGACCCUACGGCUUCAUUCCAAUUACUUAUACUGCGACUGUCACCUAGCUUGGCUAUCUGAUUGGCUGCGUCAGAGGCGAUCAGUUGGUCAGUUCACAUUCUGCAUGGCACCUGUUCACCUGAGGGGCUUUAAUGUUGCUGAUGUUCAGAAAAAAGAAUAUGUCUGCUCAGGUUCACAUGCUGAACCUCCAUCCUGCAAUGCCAAUUCCAUCAGUUGCCCAUCUGCUUGCACUUGUAGUAACAAUAUUGUGGACUGUCGAGGAAAAGGCUUAACUGAAAUACCAGCCAACCUACCAGAGAGUAUUGUGGAAAUCCGCUUGGAGCAGAACUCUAUCAAAAACAUUCCUCCUGGAGCUUUCUCUCAGUACAAGAAACUUAAAAGAAUUGAUAUCAGCAAGAAUCAAAUAUCAGAUAUUGCAUCAGAUGCUUUUCAAGGCUUGAAAUCUCUCACCUCACUCGUGCUUUAUGGAAAUAAGAUUACAGAAAUUUCGAAGGGGCUCUUUGAUGGGCUUGUGUCUCUGCAGUUGCUGCUUCUCAAUGCCAAUAAGAUCAACUGCCUGAGGGUAAACACAUUUCAAGAUCUGCAUAAUCUCAAUUUGUUAUCUCUCUAUGACAAUAAACUGCAGACUAUCAGCAAAGGGCUUUUCACACCUCUCCAAUCAAUUCAAACUCUGCAUUUAGCUCAGAAUCCAUUUGUGUGCGACUGCCAUUUGAAGUGGCUGGCUGAUUACCUGCAGGAUAAUCCAAUAGAAACCAGCGGCGCUCGAUGCAGCAGCCCACGUCGCCUUGCCAACAAACGAAUCAGCCAGAUCAAGAGCAAGAAGUUCCGUUGCUCAGGUUCAGAGGACUAUAGGAGUAAGUUCAGUGGAGACUGCUUCAUGGACCUUGUGUGUCCUGAAAAAUGCCGUUGUGAGGGGACAAUUGUAGACUGCUCUAACCAAAAGCUCACUCGACUCCCCAGUCACCUCCCAGAAUAUACUACAGACCUGCGUUUACAUGAUAAUGACAUUUCUAUUCUGGAAGCUACUGGAAUAUUCAAGAAACUCCCCAGCUUAAGGAAGAUAAACCUGAGUAACAACAAGAUCAAAGAGAUCCGCGAAGGCACUUUUGAUGGGGCAGUGGGAGUGCAGGAACUAAUGUUGACAGGGAAUCAGUUGGAAUCUAUGCAUGGACGAAUGUUUAGAGGUCUCGCAGGACUCAAGACACUGAUGCUUAGGAGCAAUAUGAUCAGCUGUGUAAACAACGACACGUUCACAGGAUUGAGCUCAGUAAGGUUGCUCUCUCUGUAUGACAAUCGCAUAACUACAAUCACACCAGGAGCCUUCAAUACACUUGUUUCAUUGUCUACAAUUAAUCUGCUGUCAAAUCCAUUUAACUGUAACUGCCACUUGGCAUGGCUAGGAAAAUGGUUAAGGAAGAGGAGGAUUGUCAGUGGAAAUCCUCGUUGCCAGAAACCAUUUUUCCUGAAGGAGAUUCCAAUUCAGGAUGUGGCUACACAGGACUUCACAUGUGACGGCAAUGUUGAAAGCAGCUGUCAUUUCUCUCCUCGCUGUCCAGACCAGUGUAUUUGUGUGGAUUCUGUAGUUCGCUGCAGUAACAAAGGGUUGCGAUUCUUGCCUAAAGGAGUCCCCAAAGAUGUAACAGAACUUUACCUGGAAGGAAACCAUUUAUCUGCUGUGCCAAAGGAACUCUCUAUGUUUAGACACUUGACACUAAUUGACUUGAGCAACAACAGCAUCAGCAUGUUGGCAAAUUACACCUUCAUUAAUAUGACACAGCUAUCAACACUGAUCCUCAGCUACAACAGGCUACGGUGUAUCCCAAUCCAUGCAUUCAAUGGGCUUAAGUCUCUCAGGGUGCUGACUCUUCAUGGCAAUGAUAUUUCCAGCGUCCCUGAAGGGUCUUUUAACGAUCUUGUGUCACUUUCCCAUCUGGCACUUGGUACCAACCCUUUGCACUGUGACUGCAACCUGCGCUGGCUUUCUGAGUGGGUAAAGGCAGGCUACAAAGAGCCAGGGAUUGCACGGUGCAGCAGCCCAGAAGACAUGACAGACAGACUGUUGCUAACUACACCAACUCACCACUUCCAGUGCAAAGGGGUUGUCGAUAUCAAUAUUGUGUCCAAGUGUAACCCUUGCUUAUCCAAUCCAUGUAAAAAUAACGGGACUUGCAACAACGAUCCAGUGGAUUUUUACCGAUGCACUUGCCCAUUUGGCUACAAGGGUCGAGACUGCAGCACACCCAUUAAUGCUUGCAUUCAGAAUCCAUGCCAUAAUGGGGGGACUUGCCAUCUCACUGACGCAAAUCAAGAUGGAUUCAGUUGUUCUUGCCCUAUUGGAUUCGAGGGAAAAAAAUGUGAAACGAAUCCAGACGACUGUGAAGAUAAUGAUUGUGAGAACAACUCAACUUGUAUGGAUGGGAUAAACAAUUAUGCCUGCCUUUGCCUCCCCAAUUAUACAGGAGAGCUAUGCGAUGAGGUGAUCAACCAAUGUGUACCUGAGCUAAACGCUUGCAAACAUGACUCCAAAUGUAUCUCACAUGAGAAAACAUACAGAUGUGAAUGCUUACCUGGCUACAGUGGAAAACAUUGUGAAACUGAUGAUGAUGACUGUGUGGGACACAAAUGUCGCCAUGGUGCAUUGUGUGUGGAUGCUGUCAAUGGGUACACCUGCAUUUGCCCUCAAGGCUUCAGUGGCCUCUUCUGUGAAAAUCCUCCACCGAUGGUUCUGCUGCAGACCAGCCCUUGUGACUACUAUGAAUGCCAAAACGGAGCGCAGUGCAUUGUAGUACACCAGGAACCAGUCUGUCGUUGCCUGGCUGGUUUUGCUGGCCAGAAGUGUGAGAAACUCAUUACUGUCAAUUUUGUUGGGAAGGAUUCCUAUGUUGAGCUGCCACCAGCCAAAAUCCGCACUCAGGCCAACAUCUCCCUUCAAGUAGCAACAGAUAAAGACAACGGCAUCUUAUUAUACAAAGGGGACAACGAUCCUCUGGCUUUAGAGUUGUAUCAAGGUCAUGUGAGGCUUAGCUAUGACACGUUGAACUCUCCGCCCACAACUAUAUACAGUGUGGAAACAGUAAAUGAUGGACAUUUUCACAGUGUGGAGCUGGUGAUGUUGAACCAGACCUUGAACUUGGUUGUAGAUAAAGGUGCUCCCAAGAGCCUUGGCAAGUUGCAGAAACAGCCUGUGGUUGGUCAAGACACUCCUCUCUACAUUGGAGGGAUUCCUACAUCCACGGGGCUGUCUUCAUUGCGGCAGGGGACGGAGAGGACGCCUAGCGGUUUCCAUGGGUGCAUUCAUGAUGUUCGUAUUAAUAAUGAGCUGCAGGAUUUCAAGGAUCUACCACAUCAGUCAAUCGGGGUCCUUCCUGGUUGCAAAUCCUGUAACAUCUGCAAGCACGGCAUCUGCCGCUCUCUUGAGAAGACCAGUGUUGUUUGUGAGUGCCACCCAGGCUGGACAGGCUCACUAUGUGACCAAGAAGUUAGAGAUCCCUGCCACAAUAGCAAAUGCCUCCAUGGAAAAUGUGUAGCCACUAACUCUGCUUACACAUGUAAGUGUAUAGAAGGUUACAUGGGCAUGUACUGUGACAAAAAGAACGAUUCCUCCAACUCCUGCAGAGUUCUGAAAUGCAGCCAUGGGCAGUGUAAGGUCUCAGCACAAGGUGAACCGUAUUGCGAAUGUGAGCCCAACUAUAGUGGAGAGCACUGCGAUCGAGAAAAUCUGUGCCAAGGAGACAUCAUUCGUGAAUUUAUUCGGAAGCAACAAGGUUCCAUAUCAUGUGUCUCCAAUGUCAAGAUACCUCGUGUAGAAUGUCAUGGCAGCUGUGGGAACAAUCAAUGCUGCAUUGCACUCCGGAGCAAAAGACGGAAAUAUGGCUUCCAGUGUGUGGAUGGCUCCUCCUUUACGGAAGAGCUGGAGAGGCAUGUGGAAUGCGGCUGUGCGAAAUGUUUAUAAGCAGCUGAUCAGCCUCUUUGCCCCUUUGUAUCGACUCAGAUGUGCUAUCAAAAAUGGGACCUAUUUACUUUUAAGUGAAGAAGAGAAUAUUAAGUAUAUUGUAAAAUAAGCAAAAAAUAGAAGUUAUUUUUAUUAUGAAAAGUGACUAUUUUCAUCUUUUAUUAUAUAAAGUAUCUGACCGUUUGGGGUAUAUGUAUCAUAUAGUGAGUUAUUUUUACUAUGGAUUUUUUUUUUUUUACAGUUGUAAAAAAAAAUGGGGGGGGGAACUAUUUCAAACCUAAACACAAUGAUUAAGAACAGAGUAUAGAUGAUGAUAAGCUUUGCAAGAUGGCUAGAUGUGACGGUAAUUUGAAGGGUCUGCCAUAGAAAGAGUGAAACAAGUCUUGAAAGAUUCUGGAUAGAUGCACAUCUAAGAACUAUAGCUCUCAGUCAUCUUGCAUGUCCAGGCAUGCUCAGUUAAUAUCCCUCCCAGCUGAUGAUGAAACUGUUAGUUGUAUUUCUCACUGUUGUGGAUCUGCUUGAUACCAUUGCCAAAAAAGCACAUCACAAUGCUGCCGUAGCUUGGGGUUUAUGCACAGAUGUUAUUAUGCACAUAUUAAUGCAAUGGUAGUUUUGUCUUCUAUGUAUGAUUGAUUUCACAGUAUUGUGUUCAUAAUCUGUUAAAUUGGUCGUCUAACAUAAUCACUCUUGCAAACAGCAAAUUUGGGGAAUGUUUUGCUUAUGAAGUUGUGUGCAUUUUUACGUAGCAGAUGGAACAAAAUGCUGUAACGCCUAAUUUAAAAAAAUAGAGGGGGUAAUUCACUUGCUUGGCACAUCCUCUCCUUCCCUUCCAGCAUAUGGGACAGCACUCCCUCUUGCUGACCCUUUUUGGUUCCCAUUCUGCAUGCGCAGAACACUGCGUGCAUUUUCUCAAGCAAGGGAAGGACCAGAAGGAAAUCUCCUGUGGUGGAAUCCUCCUCAACUGCAAUUCCACAUGACAUUAUGCUUCAGAUUGCAUAGCAGAAAUGCAAACAAUGCACUGAAACGUUGCCUUACUAGAUGAUGACAAUCCAUUUUAAAAUUCUGAUGCCUUUAUAUAGGAAUAUUUCACUUACUACAAGAGUUCUGCCAAUGUGCCCAUUAAGUGAACACAAACCUAUUGCUUCUUUCAGCUCUGCAUGCUGAACGUGAAACUAUACAUUACCACACAUUUGCAGUUGACAAAUUCUUACUCAGAUUUAACUCCAACCCACACAUGCCUGAAAUAGCCCGUGUGUGGCAGCCGAGCCACAGGGCAGCAUGUAGAAUGUUUUUCCUUAUAAGUUUGACUACUCACCACUACCAGACAUUUCUGGUGAAUGCUGACAGUGGUGUGGGAAGUCUUCAUGUGAUAGCAGUGGUUCAUAUGGUGUGUCCUUCUACAUGUUACAGCUGCCACAUGGAUCAGCCACUUUAUAAGAGGCUGUUUUAUGCGGUUUCCACGUAUGAGGCAUUAGUCCUAGGAAAAUUCUACCUGUUGACCACCAUAAAUGCCUUUGAUUUUUUGUAUAACCGAAUCUGGCUUAUUCUCUCAGGUUCCUUUUCUUUCUGAUUUUGCUUGAGUGUGUGAUAGUAAUAAGGAGUUGUUGAUGAGAGAGAUAGUAGACUGAUCAGAUGUGCCAGAGAGAGAGAGAGAGAAAGAGAGAGAGAGAGAAGAGAGAUGGCUCUUCACAUUCCACUUUGAUCCUGAAAUCCUGACAAAAUCUCCUGAACUUGGGAUCAAGGUAUUUAUAGUAGAGCAGUUCCAUGCUUGUCAGGCACAAUGGAUUAAUAGGUUUGCUCUUUAAAAACAGCCAUGGGAAUGAAUCCUGCUAAUGGCAGAGCAGUACAGCCUGUCCACAAAGAACAGACCUUUACCAUGUUACAAGCAUUUCUAUCCCCCACCCACCCCACUUUCAUGUUUCAGGAGUCUGAAAAUACUUAAAGAGUCUUUAUUCUAAUUACAGUCUUCUGAAAGCCACAAUAGUUUGUUCAGAUUUCCUUAUGGAUUCUCAGGAUAAUUUCAGGCAGGAGGGAAAUGACUGAUACAAUAGCUGCCUUUCAGAAUAAAUAGUAGUACAUUAGUACAUGGAGCCUGCAAUCAGUGUAACAUAAAACAAUCACUAGUUACUUUGCCAAAACCUGAUUGAAAUAAUACAGGGGAGAAAAGGCCACUAUGGAGAGUGGAUUUGUUAUUUUGAGCACAAUAUGUGAUGCUAGAAGCAGCUGGAAUUUAUAAUGUAGUAAUGUACCGCAAUCUGUAAAGACCAAAAGUUUGCAGGAGCAAAUGUAACACCAGUCUCUUGUGUGAACAAGACUUUGGCACAAGCACACUUUUCAUAAUGAUUUAUUCUUUCUCGUGGCAUCUGUUACCCAAGAAGCUUUUGCCUCUGUUGCACAGAAUGGUAAUCCAGCCAAAAUGGGCAGAUCAUUGAGUUGUAAUGCUACUAAAAGCUAUACACUGCCAAGAGGAAAACAAUAAAAACAGUAGCAGAGUAAAGAAGGUAGAGUCUCCAUAUGGCCUUUGUCUUCUUUUACUAUAACACAUUAUUAGGCAAGGCAAAAAAAGACAUCAAUGUUUUGUGAAAUAAUUCCAAGAAUGUUUCCAAAACUGCCAUGCUGAACAAGAGCUAGCCACACAGUAGAGUACAAUUGGCUGUGUUCCAUCAAUACAUACUUGGACUGUGCAGUGACUUAGAAAAAGAAGACACUUUAUUUGUUUUUUACCAUUAGGCAAUUCACUCUGUGCUGUGUUUCAAAUGAUGAGAUAUGGAAUUUAAUUUCUUGUUUUGUCUUGUUUGUUUAAAGUGCCAAAAAGUCUAUGAAGUUAGUUUUAAAAUGUUAAUUAGAUCUCUCUAAACAGCCUAAGUGACAGUAUGUUUCAGCUAUUGUAAAUUGAAUGCAGUAGCAUAAAAUUAAUAUAAAGAAAGAUGCUAACCCUAUAAAAAUGUACAUUGGCAAUGUGGAUUGGUAUGAAU